CCUGCACAUUUGUGGUUUUCGGGAACACAUUAGCAACCAAUGGUUUUAGCUCUCGGUGGCCCAAGAGUUGCCAAGGCGGCUAAGAGUCAUCUGAAAAGUCUUUUACCCUGAAUCGCUCUGAAUCAGAAGGCCACCUGAUUUCUCCUGCGGUACUUGGCAAAUUUGCACCUCCCUCUGGUCCUGGUCCAGCUGCAUGGGAAGUGCUAAGGAAGAACACGGGCGCCCAACAGUGAGGAGAUGGUAAAGGCGUCCAGAGGAUAAACUUAAAGAUCGAUCCUACAGACCAAGCCGAAAGAAGAAACUGAAAGUACACUGCCGGCUGAUCCUACGGAAGUUAUGGAAAAGGCAAAGCACAGAGCCAGGCUGUGAUGUGUGCCGCCCCUCCUGGGAUGGAUGAAACAACAGGCGCGCCACGGGUGAAAGAAACCAGCUGCAGAGACUGGCCUAUCCAGCGCGGACUUGUGUCAACUCCGCGUAAGACCAUGGUCCUGGGAGUGAUUGUGGGUGAGAGCGUGCUCCUGCUGCAGUUGCGGUCAUCAUGACUACGCCCACCUCCCGCAGACAAUGUUCCAUGUUUCUUUUAGGUAUAUCUUUGGAAUUCCUCCCUUGAUCCUUGCUCUGUUACCAGUAACUUCAUCUGAUUGUGAUAUUAAAGGUAAAGAAGGUAAAGAAUUUGAGCAUGUUCUAAUGAUCAGCUUCAAUGAAUUGGAAAAAAUGAUAGAAGUUGAUAGCGACUGUGUAAACAAUGAAUCUAACUUUUUUAAAAGACAUUCAUGUGGUGAUUCAAAGGAAGCUGCUUUUCUAAAUCGUGCUACUCGCAAGUUGAACCAAUUUCUUAAAAUGAAUAUGAGUGAGGAUUUCAAACUCCACUUAUCAAGAAUUUCAGAAGGCACAUUAAAAUUGUUGAGCUGCCCCAGCAAGGAAGAAAAAAAUUUAAAGGAACAGAAAAAGAAUGACCCAUGUUUUCUAAAGACAUUACUACAAAAGAUAAAAACUUGUUGGAAUAAAAUUUUGAUGGGCAAUAAAGAACACUGAAAAGUAUGGAGUGGCAAUAUAGAAACAUAAAAAUAUUUCAAGAAUGGAUCUGCUAAUGCAAUUUUUCAGGAUAGAAAGCCUCCUAGAAGUUACUGAAUGCAUUCUGAUAAGAAUGAUCGAAAGGAUUGAGAAAUCCAUAUUGUAGUACCAGAAGAUGUACAUAAACAAUGGAAGCUGAAUGCUGCAAUCAACAAACUGUUUCAUAUGUAUGUGGACAUAUGUCAUUUGAUACUGAGAGUGUACUGAUUUUGUAAGACAAUCGUGUAAGGUAUUGGCUGCAAUAAUACUUUCUAAACCUGUAUGAAUAUUUCAGGAGAAAACAUCAAAUCUAUGAAGUAUAUAAAGUUUAUAAAGAUUCAAAAUUGAAAUCGUUUUGUUAUCAAAGCAAUUCUAUGACCCACUGUGCAUAUGUGUACUGUAUUAUGAGUGGAAAUUGUCAGCUUCUAUACUGGAGAUAUGUUAAAGUUAACAGCAAUAUAUGGAUAAUGCUCAGAGAACAAAAGUAUUCUAUACCUUGAAAAACAGCAUCAUAAAGAAGUCCAAGAUACUUAAGAGAGAUCUGAAGAGAUUGUAAUUAAAUAUAAAUGUAUAACACAGUGCCUUCAAUAACAGUAUAACAGGGGCUGGGCUUGUGGUUCAGUGGUAGAGUGCUUGCCUAGCACAUGUGAGACACUGAGUCUGAUCCUCAGCACCACACAAAAAUAAAAUAAGUUAAAUAAUAAAGGUAUUGUGUCCAUCUACAACUAAAAAUAUUUUUAAAAAUAACAGUAUAGCAAAUAUUCUUAAAUGAAAACAAAGGAUAUUUUCAAAAAAUAGAAAUUCACUUAGUGCUGAGAUACUUUUAUCAUUUAUGUAUAAUAAAACUUGUCUUAAAGAGUUUCCAAUUUAGGGAGUAUAUUUUAAGAGAAUAAUAUAUGUUAGCCUUUUAAAUAAUGGAUUGUAUAUAUUUAAUUUUGACAUUAUUUCUGUAUAUAAAAUAUUUUCAUUCAGUAUUGCAAAUUUCUUACUUUGUGCUUACUUUGGAUGACAUUUCUCCUUUGAUAAUAAAUAACCUCUGUGUUAACAUUGUCAGA